AUGAAAAAUUUAAAAUUAAUAUCUAUUAGCAUCUUUAUAAGCUUAGUUUUUUCAGAACAAUUUACUUAUGUUGAACUAAAUGAUGAAACCAAAUCAAUUUAAGAAACUAGCAGCUAUGAUGUUUAAAAUGAAACAAUAGAUCCCUUUACAAGAUUUAUUGAAUGCGAUUUUAAAUAUUAUUUUGGUGUUUUUGAUAUGAAAACAUAUAUAAGUCGCUCUACAAUUUAUGCUUUACCUAUUUGGUGUAUAAAUUUAAGUUAUUACAUCGAAGUAUUACUAUUAAAUUUUACAUCAGAUGAUUAAAUAUAAUUAAAAAUGAAUGAUUCUAUUUAAAUACUGCCAGCUUCUUAAUCUUUAUAUAUUGACAUACAAAACGUUUAAUGCUCUCAGUUUAGCACAGCUAAGCUCUAUAAAAUUAGUGUUUAAUUAAAAGACUCUUAUUUAUAUGAUUUUACAAUAAAGGCAAGCUCUAAAAACCAAAAUUCUUAAGCAAAAUUUGCAAUUAGAAACUUUUAAUUCAGUUAUGAUCCAGAUAGUCCUAAACGCUGCUAUUAUUCAUGUGAUACUUGUAAAGAAAAUUAAAAUUCUGUUUGUACUUCAUGUAGCAGUAGUAAUAAGCUUAGGAUAUUAACUCCAAGCGGAUAAUGUGUUUGCAACGAAGGAUAUUAUGACUCGUUGGAUUUAGAUUGUACGAGAGAUUCAUAGAAAUGCCCUGUUAGCUGUUAGAAAUGUAAAGAUACUUCUUCAAAAAUUUGUGUAGAUUGUGGUUUAUAGUAUAACCGUAUAUUAAAAGAAGGAAGAUGUGUUUGUAAAGAUGGAUAUUAUUAAAAAAUAAAUAAUAUACUUUGUUUACCUUGCUCUUCUUAAUGCAAAACGUGCUUGUCUGACUCAAAAAGAUGUUUGAUUUGUGCUGAUCAAAGAGUGAAAGAUUCUUAAGGAAAUUGUGUAUGCUAAUAAGGAUAUUAUGAAAAAUUAGAUGGUACUUGUGCCACGUGUGGUCAAGGAUGUAAUGUUUGCAAAGAUAAUUUAACUUGUUAAACAUGUAAAAGUUUAAAUACAAAAAUAGUAAACGGGGUUUGUUAGUGUUUAGAUUCUUAUUUUUUAGAUCCAUCUUCUUAAAUGUGUAUUUCUUGUCCUUAAAGCUGUAAAAUUUGUAAAAAUUAAAAUGAAUGUACAGAUUGUAAAAUAGAAGCAGGAUACAUUUUAUAGAAUAGUAAAUGUGUUUGUCCAAAUUUUAAUUAUGAUGAUGGGAAAUAAUGUGUAAAAUGUUAGUAAAAAUGCGCGUCCUGCUCUAAAUCAGAUACAUGUGAUACAUGCUUAGAGCCCUAUUAACUUAAAAGUGGUAAAUGCUAAUGCCUAGAUGGUUUUUAUGAGAGUUCUUUUUUGUAGUGCUAGUCUUGCAGUGAAAAAUGCAAUACUUGCGAAAAUUCCUUAUAAUGUUUGAGUUGUAAAAGUCCUGAUUAAUAUAUAUUAGAUAGCUCUAAAAUGUGUGUCUGUAAAGAUGGAACCUAUGAAGAUUUAUAAUAGAAGACUUGCUUAAAAUGUAACGAAAAGUGUACAAAAUGUACAGAUGUUAACAAAUGUUAUGAAUGCAGACAAAAUUCUGGGCUUAGCUUAAUUGAUUAACAAUGUGUUUGCAAAUCGAAUCAAUAUUAUGACUCGAAAGAUUAAGUUUGUAAAAAUUGUUCUAAAAACUGUGCUGAAUGUCUUUCAGAAACUAAGUGUCUAAAAUGUAUAAAUGAUGGUGAGUAUUAGUAUGACCCUAUCAAUUAACAAUGCAAUUGCUAAGAUGGAUACUACAGGGAUGAGCUUGAAGAUAAAUAUUUAUGCUUUAAAUGCCAUUUUUCUUGUAAAUCAUGCUCAUAUUUUAAUAUUUGUAAAGAAUGUUCAUUAGUUGGAGCAGUUUUAGAUUCUUUUGGUAAUUGUGAUUGCCCUCUAGGAUAUUUUAAGAAUUUAAAUAUAGCUCCAAAAAAGUGUGAUAAGUGCUUAGCCUCCUGCAAAACCUGUAAUAAUAGUUAGACUUGUACAACAUGUUUAAAUGAUUAAUAGUAUCUAAUUGAUAUUUUUGGAAAUUGUAAUUGUAAAAAAGGAUAUUUUAUGAAGGAUUAACAAUGCCUAUAAUGCAAUGAAGUAUGUAGUGAAUGCACAUCUGAUUAAUAAUGCACUGCUUGUAUUGAUUCCAAGAUGAUCAUUUUAGAUGGAAAAUGUAUAUGUCCAGAUGGAUUUUAUUAUGAAAAAUUAAACAAAGUUUGCCUUCCUUGUUCUAAAUUUUGCAAAAAAUGCUUGGAUGGAAGCAAGUGCAUUUAAUGUAUAGAAGAUGAUGGGUACCAACUUGUGAAUGAUUCCUGUAAAUGUAAAGGAGAUGGUUAUUUUUAAAAAAGUGAUGGUUCCUGCACUCCUUGCGAAUAUACUUGCCUUCAAUGCUCUGAUGAAAAAUCUUGUAUUUCUUGUAAAUAUAACGGAACAUUUUUAAGUUAAAAAUCUAAAUAUUGUGUUUGUGGAGAUGGGUUAAAUUUUGAUAAAGUCACAAAUACUUGCACUAAAUGUUUACAAGGUUGCAAAACAUGUGAUUCAAAUUUAAACUGUCUAGAAUGCUCUGAUAAUUUUUCAUAAUAUUUAGACUAAACCUCAAAACAAUGUAAAUGUAAAAAAGGAUAUUAUUCAGAUAGCAUCGGAAUUUGUCAAAAAUGUGAUGAAAUGUGUUUAGAAUGUACAGAAACAUCAGAUAAAUGCACAUCAUGCACUUAUCCAGAAACUAUAUUAUUAAAAAACAAUUGUGUGUGUAAAUAAGAUUAGAAUUUUUUUGAUUUAUCUUAAAAAAAAUGUUUACAGUGUAACAAAUUUUGUAAAAACUGUAACAAUAAAAACACAUGCAUAUCUUGUUUGGAUAAUGAAAAUUAUGAAUACUCUUAAUAAACUAGUUUGUGUAAAUGCUCAGCAGAUCGUUUUAUUAAUUUUUUUGAUGGAUUAUGUAAAAUAUGCCCACCUCCUUUAUUAAUACACGAAAAUAUCUAUUGCUUGCAUACUUGCCCUUCUGAAUAUUAUGUUUUUAAGAAUCUUUGUGUAAGAAAUUGUCCUGAGGACUAUAUUAACAUAAAUGGAAUAUGCAUAAGGACAUAUUGUGAUUCAAAAACUUGUAGAAAAUGCAACAAAAAUCAAAUUAACUGCGAUUAGUGUAUUUAAAAUUUUUAUUUAAUGGAAGAUGGUUUGUGUAAAUAAUGUGAUGUAUAAAAUGAGUAUUACAAUUAGUAAUAAAAGUAAUGCUAAAAAUGUGAUAUUACAUGCGACAAAUGUAAUGGAAGUACUUCAUCUGAUUGCAUUAAAUGUAAAUUUGCCAAAAGUUCUUCUGGAAGUAAGUGUGUAAGCAGCUGCAAUGAAGGUGAAUAUCCUUUUAAAAUAAAAGAGGAGUAAUAGUGUAAGACCUGCUACUUGUAAGAAGGAUAAUGCAGAAUGGAUAAUUGUGGCUAAGGAUACUAUAUAGAAAAAGGAAAUAUUUGUGUUAAAUGUGAUUAGACCUGCUUAACUUGCAAAGGAGAAAAACCAAAUUAAUGUCUGACUUGUUUAGAAAAUUUGUUUUUAGAAUAAGGAAGAUGUCUCAAAUGCAUGUAUGGCUUUUAUUUUGAUGAAAAUAAAAAUAAAUGUGUAGAAUGUCAUUAUUCUUGCUUAGAGUGUACUGGCCCAAACGAAAAUUAAUGCAAGACAUGCAGCUAUUCUCUAAAUUUAAGUAGAAUUUCAGGAAAAUGUGUAAAGCUUGAUAAAUAUGAAAAAGAAAUAGAUGAAAAAAUAAAGGCUGAUUCGAUUGGAUGUACAUCUGAGGAUUUUAGUGUUUGUCAAGAUGAUAUUAAUUUUAUGAAGUAAACAAGCUAAAAUUUAAAAAUGGAAAUGAUAGCAAAUAUAAGCAUUAAUUCAAUUUUUGGAAUUUUCUUUUAGCAAAUCUGCUUUUAGAAUAUUAUUUUUAUUUAAUAAAAUUAGCUGUUAGGAAAUAUGAAAAAUUCAAACUAAAUUGUAGUCUAUGGAGUUUUUUAAAACUACCUCAAAUUAAAUUCUUACUUUAACUUAGUCAAUUUAUUUUUUAGUGAUCCACAAAAUUCUAACAAAGAAAAUAAAUACAAGCAACUUAUGGAAGAUACCUCUUUAAAUAAUAGCUAAAAAGAAAAGAGGAGCUUAUAAAAAACAGACUAACAAAAUUUAGACUAAAUUGAAUAAAAUGUACAAGAAAGAGAAUUCUUUAUAUUUAAAUGUUUGAUAUAGCUAAUUGGAAUGAUUAUUUUAUAUUUGUCAAUUUUUAUAAUGCAUCUGUUUAGAAAUAAAUCUCAGAUGGUAUUAAAAUGCUAUGAGUAUUUGAGAUGGAAUUUAGUAAUUAGAUACAGCAUGAUCUUUUCUAAUUAUAUUUUAUACUAUGCAAUAAAAGAAAUUAUGGGAUUAGAUUUCUCAACAGUAAAAUCUAUUUUAAGCACAUCUUCUGCUAUUAUUUAUGUGUUGAUAUAUUUAAUACACUUAAUUUCUUAAUUUAAAUUUUUAUUUUUCUAAAAAUAAUUUGCUGAUAAUGAUUUAAGAACUUAUUAUUCAGUGAUGUUCUAGUUAAUCAAAGUUGAGUAUGCUCUUUAAAGGCUUUUUUGGGUAAUAUAAGAUGUAAAAAGAUUAAUCUAAAUUGUAGUCUAAGUAAUUUUAUAAUAAAACACAAUCUUACAAAUUUAUAUAAUUACAGUAACUAAUGGAUUAUUUCUGAUAUAUUUAAUGGUUUUGAGACCUAUAGAAAGUUCUAUUUUGCUUUUCUGCUGUGCUGUAGUAGAAAUAAUAAGCAGUUCUUUAAUGGCGUUCCUAAUUUUAUUGUUAAAAUAUCCUGAAAGCACUUCACUUUCUUAAUAUUUCAUAUAUGGUCUAUUUGCUUACCAUGCCAUAGCGUUGACUCUAUGUAUGGCUCAAGUGAUAUUUCAAUUAAUAAAUAUAAUUAAUUAAAAAAGAAUUUAAAAAAAGAAGGAAUUAUAAGGUAGUACUAAUUAAGUUUUAAUGGGAUUUUAAUUAAAUAUUAAUAUUGAUUCUUUCUUAAAUGCAAGUCCUGCUAAAAAUUUGCAUGGUCCAAAAAGACUGAUACUCAAAAAAAAGAUAAAUAUUGAGAUGGAAAAAAUAUGA